CAAAAACACCAAAGCCAGUAAAGAACACCAAUAUACCCUCUUCGUCAAAUUCCAUACCAAAAAGCGAUCACAAUAAAGAUGAACAAGCUGGACGAGGUCAACCUAGUCGCAAUGGCAGUGCUGUCACUCAAGCUCAACGACAACAAGAACUAGAGUUUAACUUCAAAAAUAUAAUACAAAUUGUCUUUCAGACGUUUGUCUUUGUUUAUUUGAUAUCUUGGUUUUUUAAAGGUAGUUCAGAUUCAAGGAAGGCCAACAACUCUGUGUUAAAUCAUAGUCAGCAACCUGGAGUCCCGACAACCUUCGAUAAGGUUAUACCAUAUUGGCACUUAGAUUCAAACAUGGAUUUAAAAGUUUAUAUAUCGGAAAAAGAAAAUUUUGUCCAGUUCGACGACCCAGAUGCGCUUGUUUGGCACGCGCCUAGCAUUCGAUUUGGAGACUGGAAUGAUGAACGUGAAAAAUCGAUGGAAAUCCAAACAUCUCCGAGCGUCCAAAAAAAUGGAACUUUAUAUGCACAUAUUUACCUGACUCUGGAACGAGCGUCGCCUAAUCCUCAAGAUCCUGCGUACGAUCAAAAUAUGCUAGUAUAUAAAAGAAAAUGUAUGUCAAUCAUCAAACAUCUCGGAGCUUCAUGGCUGUGGUGUUUAGUGCUGACUAGAUAUUUUCCGAAACGUAAAGAAAUAAAGACUAAGAAAUUAAUUGGCGGUGGGGACGAAGAAAAUAACUACCAAGAAACAGAAAAUUCCGAAUUGUUGGAGGAAGACAAUGGUGGUAGCAAAGAUAGACCUACGGUCUCUCAUUGGUGUCAAAAUUUAACUUUGAAUAUAGUAUUCGAUAAUGCUAUGUUACCCUAUUCUCAGUUCCCACCAGUGAUCACGUCAGAAAUUACAUUGGAAUCGAGUGGGAAAAGAGAUCCAUCUGGUAAACACGGCUAUUACUUGCCAAUAAUGUACGUUAACGAUUUCUGGAUUUUAAGGGAUCAUAUGACACCCAUCAAUGAAACAGUAAAAACUCUCCCUUUGAAUUUGAAAUUUUAUCCGUUAUCCUUUGUAAAGUUCCAACUGUACGCACAAAUGCAAGAAUCUUUCCAAACUCAAGCAGCCAUGCUAGGUGGUAAUGCUCACAGUGAAUUUGAUGAAUUCAAGCGAAUGUUGCUAGAAACCAAUCCAAUAUUAUUGGGCGUGACAUUUGUUGUUUCACUUCUACAUAAUAUCACUGAUUGGAAAAAUCGUAAAGAAAUGACGGGAAUUUCAAUUCGCACCAUUUUUAUGAAUAUUUUCUUCCAGUUGGUUAUAUUUUUGUACCUCUUUGAUAAUAAUGAAGAAACAAGUUGGAUGAUUUUGAUUGGACAAGGGAUUGGAUUGGCCAUUGAGAUCUGGAAAAUUAAAAAAGCUAUGACUGUUGAGAUCAAACCCUCGCAAAACACCAUUUUCCCUUAUUCAAUACGUUUUGUUGAUAGGCACAAACUUUCCGAGCUGGAGAAAAAAACCAAAGAAUACGAUCAAUUAGCCUUCCGAUAUUUGUCUUGGGUCGCCUUUCCUUUAUUGAUGGGCUACGCAAUAUACAGCUUAAUUUAUAAUACACAUAAAAGCUGGUAUUCCUUUAUAAUUGCUACCUUGGUUGGGUUUGUGUAUGCCUUUGGAUUUAUAAUGAUGACACCACAGCUGUUUAUUAAUUAUAAGCUUAAAAGUGUAGCACAUAUGCCUUGGAAAACACUAAUGUACAAAACAUUAGGCACAUUUAUCGAUGACUUAUUCGCGUUUUGUAUUAAAAUGCCCAUGCUUCAUCGGCUAGCUUGUCUCCGAGACGAUGUUGUAUUUUUUGUGUAUUUGUAUCAACGAUGGGUUUAUCCGGAAGACGAGAAAAGAGCUAAUGAGUAUGGGCAAGUGGGCGGCGGGUCGGAAACGGAACAACCUAAUAAGGUUGUAGAUGAUAAUGAUGCUGAUAAUACUGAGCAAUCAUCAGCUACAGAAACCAAAAAAGAGUCGAAAAAAGACCAAUGA